AUGCGCUAUCACCAGCCACACAAAUUACAGAAGUCAAAAAGGAAAGACCGAAGCACGAUUCUUAGGAGGUCACUUUUCUCCAUCACUCCAUCUCUCGCAACAUUUAGAAAAACGAGAUCAUCAAGCUCAAGAAUAAAACCUCAAAAUUCAAUUGAUGCAGCCGUCCUUCGAAGAAGAUAUCAUCCUGGUCAAAAUCGUGCUGCUCCCGAAGUGUCUAUCAAAAUCAGAGAAUAUUUGCCAAAAUUAGAGAUUUUCAUGGGACCCAACACAGCAACGAAGCCAGAGAUAAACCACAAAAGCCGUUGGAGUUCACGUGCAAAAGCUACUUCAUCUUCUUCCUGUCUUCCAAACAUGGAGACAGAUAUGAAUAUACCUCGAGACUCACUUCGAACUAUUCCUUCUCUAUCAUCAGAUGUGAGUUCAGAUGAGGAAAUUGGGGGUCGCAGCAUUCACUUUCCUGCGAAACUACCUGAGCUUCAUAGAAUAAAUGUUCAGGAUAAUUUUAUAAAGAGUCUAAUAAGCAAACUUACGAAAGAGAGACGGGAGAGAAAAUUGGUACUGCGAGGCUCAAGGAGAUACAAAUAUCUGGCUACGAUGAAAAGAGUCAUGGAUAAUGUUUGGGACAUUCAGUCGCAGGUUUUAGACAAGCUCAAAGGAGGGAGGAAAAGGAAGUUGGAUGAACAGAGUACAUAG